AUGAAGCCGCCGCAUACGAGCUUGACGGUUGUGCUGAAGGAGGAGCACACGCGCAUCCGCGAGUGGGAGGAGCGUCAGGCGAAGGAGGAGCGGAGACGCAGGGCGCAAUUGAGGGUUUCGCUGCCGGAUCGGAAGAUCUAUGGGCAGCGGCAGUAUUAUAGCUGGUAG